ACAGUCGUUUUCCGGACUAGCACGACUAGUUUCCGUGGUGAAUAAUAAAGUUAGUUGGUCAUGAAUUAACUAGUAUGAUUUAACUAGUGGAACCAGCGGUCAGCGCCUCAGAAUGGACCCGGAACACAGAGCUCUGCUGCGGACACACCGGCUAUAUCUGUCCGGGCAGCUGCUGGUCACCGACACCAUCGUUCCGUUUCUGUUCCAGGAGCACGUGCUCACGGAGGCUCACGUGGAGGACAUCGAGGCUCAGCCCUCCGACACGCUCCGGUGUCGGAGGCUGCUCGACCUACUUCCGGUCCGCGGGCCCCGGGCCUUCGGCUGCUUCCUGCGGUCCCUGGAGGACUUCGGCUGGGUCAGAGACAAGCUGCUGCUGGAGCUCCAGGCCAGACCAGGAACAGGACCCAGCGCUGCAGGUGAGAACACGUCCAGGAGAAAUGUUUAUUAAUGUAAACAU